AUUCGUCCACUUUGGCGUCAUUAUUAUACAGGAACCCAAGGUCUUAUAUUUGUUAUUGACUCACAAGACCGCGAUCGAAUAGAUGAAGCACGCCAAGAAUUACAUCGAAUUAUUUCUGAUCGCGAAAUGAAGGAUUGUUUACUUUUAGUGUUUGCCAAUAAACAAGAUUUACCAGGCGCAAUGUCACCUGCAGAAGUCACCGAAAAACUCCAUUUGCAUCGUAUGCGUGAUCGGGCUUGGUACGUUCAUCCAUCUUGCGCGACCACUGGUGAUGGGUUAUUUGAUGGCUUGAACUG